AUGGCAAAGGACAUCGACCUGGCAGCAUACCUCUUGAAGCGCCUGCGGCAGCUGGGUGUGCAAGCCUGUCACGGUGUGCCAGGAGACUACAAUCUGAUGGCGCUGGACUAUGUCGAGCCAGCGGGUCUCAGGUGGGUUGGAAAUGCCAAUGAACUGAGUGCUGGCUACGCGGCCGAUGGCUAUGGCAGAGUCAAAGGCAUCUCUGCAGUCUUCACAGCGUUUGGAGUCGGUGAAUUGUCCUUGAUCAACGCCAUCGCCGGAGCCUACGCGGAAUACUCGCCUGUGGUCCACAUUGUGGGCACGCCUGCCCUUCCAGCUCAGGAGAGUGGCGCCUGCCUUCAUCACACCCUCGGCGAUGGAAGGUUUCGAGUGUUUGCAGAAAUGGCGGCGAAAGUGACAGUCGCACAGGCCAACCUGGUGGAUCCUGGCACCGCCGUUGACGAGAUCAAUAGAGUCCUUGCAGAAUGCAUCCGUCAAAGCCGUCCGGUCUACAUCGAGUUACCGACAACGUCCGUCAAAAUCAAGGUGCCAUCAUCUGCUCUCGAGAAGCCAUUGAGGUUGAAAAAAGCCAAUGCCGGUGAGGGACUUGAAGACACGGUCGUUGACCAGAUUCUGGACAAGAUCUACGUGGCAAAACAGCCGUUGAUAAUCGUCGACGGCCUCACCCGGCGCUUCGGUCUGACCGAAGAAGUCGACGCGCUGGUCAGGGUCACCGGCUUCCCGACCGUCAGCACACCGUUCGGCAAGGGCAUACUAGACGAAAGCCUUCCCAGCUACCGUGGUGUCUAUGCCGGGGUUGCCGACAAGAACACUCCCAAGUCGUGGGUGGACGCACGCGACCUCGUUCUCAAGUUCGCACCCCUGGACUCAGAUGUCAACACCUUCGGGUUUUCUACACUCACAGAUACUCAAAUCACCAUACAGUUCCACAAGUACUCUGUGGAGGUUGGCGGAAGCAGUCAGCAUGCGCAGCACCACAACCUCGAUAUCAAAUCUCUGCUCCGCAAGGUUCUGGCUCGCCUCGAUCCAGCCAAAAUACCGCGGUAUGAUGCCUUUUCUAACGAGAACGGAGGAGGCCAUUCCUCUAGACUCAAAUAUCCGCCUUCGACCAAAGCUGAGGAUGCCUUGACGCAGAAUGUGUUCUGGCCUCGCAUGUCUGCGUUCCUACGGCCCCGCGAUGUGAUUCUCACUGACGCGGCUACAUCACUCCUAGGGAUCACAGACAUGAUCUUACCACCAGAGAGCAUGAUCAUCAAUUCAGUCAUGUGGGCGUCCAUCGGUUUUGCGGUCGGUGCGGCACAAGGGGUGUCAAUUGCUCUGCAGGAAAUGCUUGCAAAGGGCACCCGGUCGGCGGGUCGAACAAUCCUUUUCGAGGGAGAUGGCAGCUUCCAGAUGACAGUGCAGGCCAUCAGCGACAUCAUCCGCAAUCGACUGGACAUUAUCCUAUUCGUGAUCAACAACGAUGGCUACACGGUCGAACGCCACAUCCACGGCCUCGAUGCAAGAUAUAAUGAUAUCCAAUCAUGGAGAUACUUAGAGGCGCCGAGCUUCUUCGGAGCGCCCCAGGACGAUCCAUCCUACCCAGUUGUGACGCUCCAAGUGGCUACUUGGGCAGAGCUCGACAAGAUGUUGGCUGAUGAGACGGUCCGCGCUGGCAAAGGUCUGGUGAUGGUGGAGCUAAUCUUUGGACGAUAUGACUGUCUUGAAGUAAUGACCGAGCUGCUCAGAUCAGCGACGAAGAGGAAUGGCGGUGAGACGGCGACUGAGUUCGAGGCCAUCAAGUCUUCGCCUGGAGAGAACCCACCAUGA